AUGGAAAAAUUAAAUCUUGCUUUACUCACAAAGCUUGCUUGGAGGGUAUGUACUAAAGAGGGUCAACUUUGGGUACAGAUAUUUGGGAGUAAAUACUUCAAAUACGAGAAUAUUCUUCAUCAAAAUAUUGAAGCUAAGAACUGCUCAUAUAUGUGGAAUGGCAUCACCAAAGGUCUGAAGAUCAUCCAAGAUAAUUAUUUCAUGGAAAUUAAUAAUGGCAGGAAAACCAGAAUCUGGAAGGACAGGUGGGUUCCAAGUUUGAAUCAUCCACCCAUCCCAAUGUAUGAUAUGCACAGGUUCUAUGAGACUGUGGAUGAACUAAUCAUCUCAGAUUCAGCAACAUGGAAUAUACCUCUCCUAGAUAGCUUGUUUGAUACCAUUACUUCCAAGAAAAUUCAGGACAUCUUCAUUGACAACUCAAAAGAAGAUAUAAUGAUUUGGACUCCAGCAAAAGAUGGUAAAUUCACAGUUAAGAGUGCUUACAACCACCUCGCCAGAAGUACCAAUGAUACUCAAGUUAAUGGUUCUCUUGUCCAGCCUGAAGUUUGGAAAGCCUUGUGGAGUUGCAGUGUUGCUCACAGAAUUAAGCUUUUCUCGUGGAAAUGCCUUCAUGAAUGCCAUCCAACUAGAUAUAAACUUGCAGUACAUAACCCUGAUAUGGAAACCCAAUGUGGAAUCUGUGGAAGAGAAGAGGAGACAAUAGAACAUUUACUUUUUGAUUGUAGACAUGCCAGGGCUGUCUGGAGGAACGUUAAUAUAGAUAUUGAUGCAGUCAAAACUAAUUGUGGCAGUCUUUCCGAUUGGGUAUUAAGCUGGUUUAAUGGAUGUAACUCAGCUCUGAAUGAACAAUUGUUAUUCACAUGUAUGAUUGGCGCCUGCAUCAUAUGGAAAGAUAGAUGUGAAAAGAUUUUUCAGGGAGUUAAUCUAAACCCUAUUUCCUCAGCUCACAGGAUUCAAUACCAUUUAAGUUCUCAUUUGCAUGAAAAUUUAAAUAGUAGUCCGUACUGCGUUGAUGAUAAUAAGUCUAAUUGGUGCUCUCCUGUACAAGGCAUAGCUAAAUUUAAUGUUGACACUUCCUUUGAUCACAAUACUAACCAGAAUGGUACUGGUGUUGUUCUUCGUGACUAUACAGGUAACUGCGACGGGAUCAGAGGGAGUUUCAAUUAUGGAGUCCUAAAUCCAGAGCAAGGAGAGUGUCUAGCGGCUCGUGAAGCGCUAUCGUGGGCUAAAGAAAUGAAGCUAGACGAUAUUCAAAUUGAAGCUGACGCUCAAGUGGUGAUAAAAGCUAUUACUGAGGAUCCAUGGCUAGUGCAUUGGGAAAACAAAAACUUAAUCACAGAAAUAAAGCAUCCGAGUUCUUUUUUUAAUUCCUGCAACUUUACCUUUGUUGGGAGAGAGGAUAAUCAAGUUGAUAAAUCUAUCGCCAAAAAUGUUAGAGCUUUAGUAGUUGAUACGCAUAAGUUUGAUAAUUUUGGGAAAGACAUUUGUGAUCUUUUAGCCCAAGAUCAAAACAAUAUUUCUGGUUAA